AUGUCGUGGCAAACUUACGUCGACGAGCACCUCAUGUGCGACAUUGAGGGCAACCACCUCACUGCCGCUGCAAUCAUCGGCCAUGACGGUAGCGUAUGGGCUCAGAGUGCCAACUUCCCUACGUGUAAACCAGAGGAGAUAACUGCCAUGAUGAAAGAUUUGGAUGAACCUGGAACCCUUGCCCCGACCGGAUUGCAUCUGGGUGGGACAAAGUACAUGGUCAUCCAAGGAGAGCCCGGAGCCGUGAUUCGUGGAAAGAAGGGCUCUGGGGGUGUGACUGUGAAGAAAACAGGGCAAGCACUGGUGUUUGGUCUGUAUGAUGAACCAGUAACUCCAGGGCAAUGCAAUAUGGUGGUGGAGAGGUUGGGAGAUUACCUUGCUGAUCAGGGCCUAUAA